AUGGCCGACGUCGUUACUGUAGGCACGCAUCCGGCUUUCAAAGAUGCGGUGGCGGAUCUUGAAAUUAAACGCGAUAAGACGAUCAAAGACGCUGAAUGCUUAAUGACAUACCAACUUGCGUUUUCCCGUCAACAGUACGAUCAGGACAUGGAGACCGUUAAUGAAGAAUACGAGAACGAGCGACAUAACCUGCAUGAUGUGAUAUUGAUGGCCAUUGAAGAUCAACGAAGGAGUAUUCGAGAAGACAAGGACGAUGCCCCCAUUGAUAUUCAAGAGUUAUUUAACGACGCGUAUGCGAGGCUUGAAACCAAGCGAACCUUGCGUCGGCGUCCGCCUCUAGAUCGAAGCAACUCUUCGGCGGUACGAUGGGAACGACGGCGACAACCCCGGACAGGGACCCCACACAAUAUCCAUGCCUCGCCGUCUCCAAAAGAGGAAGACGAGCUGGAUCAGGAUUUUAUGGCCAUGAAGGUAUAA